GGGUAUAAUUUCUGUACCAUGCUGUACCUAGCGUGCGUCGUUUACUUGAGAACAGUACAGUGCAGUACAGUACAGGGUCGUAGCAUCGAUGAAAUUUGAUUGGUUGAUAACUUGUACUGUGAGUGGGGAUAAGAUCUGUAGGAAACAGGUAGUUCCUUCUCCGUACAUAGUAGUUUCAAGGUUCAGUAUCUGAUUGAUGGUCGAAGAGAUUGUUCGUUCGUGCGACAACGCAGUUUUAGUAAAUCUAAAAAUAUAAAAUAUACAAGAAUAAGAUAUUAAAUCUUUGUUAAGAUUCCACUUGAAGAGUUGGUUUGCUGUUGAAUCGGGACGUGAACAUCUGAUAUCGGUUUUAAGACGUUUCUUCGGUUGACACAAUGUCGUCGGCUCAUUCAAUUUCGUCGAAUGAUGCAACAUCAUCGAUUAAUUCAAUAUCGGCGGACGAUUCAGCCGCAGCAGUACCUUCAACAUCGGCAGCAAGGCCGGUGCAUUUAAUAUCACCGAGACUUUCAACGUCGUCAAUGAUACCAUUGAUAGCCGCCCCCCCGACGUCAUCAAUGCUACCAGUGUUCUCCGACCACUCGUCGUCGCCAAUGCUACCAAUGUUCCCCGACCACUCGUCGUCGCCAAUGCUACCAAUGUUCCCCGACCACUCGUCGUCGCCAAUGCUACCAAUGAUCCCCGAACCCUGGAUGUCGCCAAUGCAACCAAUAAUUCCCGAACCCUGGGUGUCGCCAAUGCAACCAAUAAUUCUCGAACCCCGGAUGUCGCCAAUGCCACAAUUACGGAUAACACGAAGAAACAGAAAUAUAUCCUGUCCUUAUGGUUUAAAAUAUCAAAAGUCAUUUGAUUUUAAUGACCAUAGAUUUUUAAGACAUUCACGAACCCCUUCGGCAUAUGAAUUUAGCCGUUUGGGACUAAGAGGAGUUAAUAAACCAGAAAAAUUGGAAUAUGCCAGUUACAAAUCCAGAUUAAACACAUUCGCAACAUGGCCUACAAAUCUAAGGCAGACAAGUGAAGAAUUAGCCGAUGCUGGUUUCUAUUACAUGGGAAUAAUGGAUUUCACUGUCUGUUACCAUUGUGGACUAGGUAUAGGAAAUUGGAAACCAGAAGAAAAUCCAUGGGAACAACAUGCAAUUUCGUCUCCCAGAUGUUAUUACUUAUUAACAGUACGGGGUUUCAAAUAUCCUAAUAAUGUAACAGGCCAAGAGUUAUAUGAAUCUUUUACAGAAGCACCAACACAAAUUGCGAAUGGGAAUCCUGAGAGAUCCAAUAGUGAAAAUGAUACUAAUGAAAUGACUCUCGUUCAGAAAAUUGCUGCUGCGAAGGAAAAAAAUCGAACAUUGAAAAAUGCUCGUUUGUGUAAAGUUUGCACGGAACGAAAAGCAACAGUUGUAUUCCUACCUUGUGGACAUGUAGCAACCUGCGACUAUUGUUCACCGGCACUUACAAAAUGCAUAAUUUGCCGAGGAGAACUUAAGGCGACAAGUAGUGCAAUUUUUUUGUAAUGCAUGCACAUGUAUAUAAUUAUGUACAUUUGUAAAUUAGCUUAUUCAUAUCUCUUAUAUAAAUAUAAAUAUAAUUUUUUAAAAAUGACGUACAGUCAUUAAAAUGUGUGAUGUAUCGUUAAAUUAAAUGUAUAUAUCAGGAAAUGAUAAUUUUUUUUAUUUUUAAUAGUAUUUCUACAGUAAUUAAUAAAUAGAAACAUAAUACUAAAUUGAUCAAAUACAUUUUUUCUUUAUAUUUUUGGCUUUUUUUGUAUUUUAAGUGUAUUUUACUUAAUCAAACAUUAAUUCGAAUUAUGUACCUUAUUUUAUCUGAAUAAAGUUAACUUUUUCCGCAUCUAACGAAUUGUUUUUUAUUUUAUUCCCCUUAUUGUCAUUAAAAUGAAGCUGUUUUAUAUAUAUAAAUAUAUAUGUAAUACAGUUUCAUUUCAUUUAUUAUAUAUAUAGUUUCAUUAUAU